GGAAGUGUAGUUCGCGCCUGCGCCCGAAGCGCCGCGGAGGCUGGACUCCCUGUCUUGGGAAGCGAGCCGCUGAGCUGGUCCAGACGCCCACCGCCGCCCCUGCUCCGCGCUCCUUGCCCCUGGCUGGGUUUCCUUCUGCGCUAACCUAAGUCGCCGCCGCCGCCGCUGAGGGUCGCCGGGCAGCCUGCGGGCGGGGAGCCGGUGACCCGGGCCGCGCCGGAAGCCAGGAGCCGAGGCUGAGCCCGGGAUGGCGCGCCAGGUGUCCAUUGCCUUCCGGGACCUGGCCGUGCGGUUCUCCGAGGACGAGUGGCGGCUGCUCGGGGAGGGGCAGCGGGCCCUCUACCUGGACGUGAUGCAGGAGAACUACGAGGCGCUGGUCUCCCUGGGGACAGCGGAGCUGCUUCCACUCUCUGCCUUCCUGACUCCCAUGGAGCCUGGAGGAGCCAGAGGGGCUGGGGAUGGCCAGGAGCCUCCUAGAGGAGCAGGCCCCCUGGGAGGAGCCCCUCAGCACAGCCUGCACCUGACCGCCCUGGUGCAGCUGGUGAAGGAGAUCCCCGACUUCCUGUUCCGGGAAGCCAGCCCGGAGAACGGGGGUGCCGGCCUGGAUGGGGAGGGCACCGGCCCCGGGGCAGCCGGGACAGAGGACGCAUGCCCCCUUCAAGGCCUGCUCACCCACCUUCCGGACACACCUGUGGGCCAGCCCAGCGUGGCUCCCUCCCCGAGCAGCAGCUCUGACCCGCCCGGAGCCAGGGGGCAGGGGAGCCCCCUCCCCAUCAGAACUGCUGACACGCCGAGGCCUGUGGAGGAGGAAGGCCCAGGAGCCCCAGGAGCCACAGGGGCCUCUCCCGGGAACAGCCCUUUGCAAGGCCUCAUCAACUGCCUGAAGGAAAUCCUCGAGCCUGUCCCCCAGCACCCCGAGGCACCCCUGAGCUUGCCGCCCCGAGUCCCCAGCCUGGGUGUGUUGCGGCUGAGAGCAGAGCCGGGGCGCGGGAGCCCGCCCUGGGCAGUGAAGACAGAGGCAGCCUCAGGGCAUUGCCCCCUCCAGGGUCUGCUUGGCUGUCUGAAGGAGAUCCCAGAAGCCCGGGGCAGGCGUCCCAGCCCCUCGGGAGUGGGGGACCCCCGGCCACCAGAGGACCCAGGGGCCUGGAGAAGAAGCUCUGGAGGGCCCCGACCCCUACAGACCCCUCCUCCUGGGCCUGGGCCGGGAGCUGGCAGUGCGCUGUCUGCGGUGAAGACGGAGGAAGGCUGGGCCCAGAGCCCCCCUGCGCCUGUGUCCUGUCAGCUCAGCAAGCAGACCCACAGCCCGCCUGCUUCCUGCAGUCCCGGGGACAACAGAGGCACUGCCCGCGUCCAAGUGCCGGGCUGGGGCCCUGCAGCUCAAGCCGGCAGUGCCUCGAGCUCACCCCUGGCAGCCCUGGAGGCCUGUCUGAAGGGCAUUCCCCUGAGUGGGUCGUUACCUCCCCAGCCGCCGGCCACCUCUUGGUCCCGGAGCUACCAGCCAGGAGACCCCGGGUCUCAGAGGCCCCAGCCGCCACCCCUGGGAUCACACAGCAAAGAGGGGAUCGUGGGGCCGCUGGCACUGGGCCUGCAGCGCUGCAGGGGAGACGGCCCUGCCCCCACCCAGGGCUCGCAAGGGCCCCCCUCCAGCCUCUCCUCAUCCAGCAGCGCUGACGAGGACCUGGACUUCCAGAGCCCGGUGGGCAGCCAGGGGCAUCGGCCCGGAAAAGGAAGCCCCGUGGGGAGCUCCCCGCUCCAGGGCCUAGAGAACUGUCUCAGAGAGAUACCCACGCCCAGGCUGCAGCCGGCCUGGUCCUGGUCCCCAGCAGGGGACAGGGGGCCACGGAGAGGGGAGCCCAGGAACUGGACAGCAGACACGGAAGGACUGAGGGGCGAGGCCUGUGAACCAGCCCAUCAUGGGCAGCGCGUGGGGGACGUGCCUACCAGGAGCCUCCGGCUGGCUAGCCCGCAGGUGCCUGCCUCUGGCACCGUCCCUGCCUGCUACCAGCAAGGCCUCAAGGACCCCGGGACCACCAGGCCAGGACGGUGGAGGUGGCUUCAAGACGGGCCACCCAACAAGCCCUCCCCACUGCACUGCCUGGAGAACUCUCUGAAGGGGAUCCUGCCUGGGGGGCCCUUGGGCUUCGCCUGCCUGGUUGGCCCCAGCCCUGGCUCCAGCUCCUGCUCCAGUGUCAGCAGCUCAGAAGGAGAAGACUCGAGGCUGGAGCCCGAGCUCUGGCAGCCCCUCCUGCAGGACAGGGACCGCCUUCCCAGCCACAAGGGCCUGGGCCUUCCAUCCCCACCCCCUGGGGGUCUGCGCACUGCCAGCCGCCCUGGUGACGGCCCGAGGGGAGGCAAGCCCGGGGACCGCCACGGCCUCAGUGCAGCAGGAAAAGCAGAAGAAAAGGCGGGAGGUGGAUCCCAGUUGCCCUGGAGAGACGUGUGCUCGGAGACCCCCGGCCAGCCCGGUGCCCUGGGCGACAUCAGCAGAGGGGCUGCUGUGGAUCCCUGCCCUGCUUCUCAGCUGGAGAAAAGGCCGGGGCUGGGGUCCUGCCAGUCUCUGGGGUCAGCCCAUGGGCCCCUGGCCUGGAAGCCGAAGCCUAGUGAAGAGUCCAGGGACAUGGGGCCUGGAGACAGAAGACCAGGUGUUACAGCAGGAAGCCACAGGAGGCCCCUUCCCCAGAGUCAGCCCGAGCCGUCCCCCACAGCCACUGUCCCUCCGGCUUUGCCGCUCGCCGCUCCGCGGCCGCCGUGCUCCUGUGGGAGUUCCCUGCAGCAGGAACUUCGCAGCCUGGGUGCCGCCCUCUCGGAGAAGCUGGAUCGGCUCGCCGUGGCCCUAGCGGGCCUGUCUCAGGAAGUGGUCACCGUGAGGACCCAGGUGCAUCAGCUGGGGCGGCGCCCAAGGGGCCUGGGGCCAAAGGGCCUCCCCCGGGGCCCCCGCUGGGCCAGUGGCCCUGCUCACAGACCCCGGCCCUACUGGAGGCACAAGGGACCCACCAGGCCGAGACCAAAGAUCCUGCGGGGUCAGGCUGCAGAACCUUCUGGGCCCAGCUCUAGCCCUUCCCAGCAGCCCCUCUCCUCAGCAUGCAGCAGGCGCGCUAUGCUGACUGUGUGUCAACCCCUCGGACACACUGGGGGCCGCCAGAGUCCCCUUCCCCCUUCACUGCCCGCUGCCUUACCCUCCCAGGUGGCCCCGCCUGGGGCCAGUGCAGAUGGGGAGCCCCUGGCCACAGUAGCUGCACCAGCCAGACCCCUAAACUGGCCGAAGGAUCCAAGCAGCCUGUUGGCAGAGCUCCAGAGAGCCCUUGAGGGGGAACUGUGGGGUGGGGAACACAGGGACCCAAGCUGGGGGCCCAGGCCUGCCCAGGAUGCUGCUUCUCCUGGGGGCCAGCCUCUCCCCUCGCCCCCCUCCAGCAGAACCUUCCCUGGGUCUGGGCCGUGAAGGGGCCGGGAGUCCGCCCUUGACCUGACUGCCUGGACUCCAGGAUGCCGCUUCCUCAGCCACGCCUCUGGCCCUCUCCACUCAGGUUCAUUGAAAUGUCAUUUCCCGUCCCCCAGAUCAGCCGAAGCUGGCAGGGGGUGCACAGGCUCCGAGUGCUCAGGCACUCCCAGCAAAGGGGCUGUGAGAGAACCUCUUCCCAGCGGGUGCCGAGAGGGGCGUGGCUCCCUUCUUCCUGGUAAAGUGUGGGGAAGACCUCGGCCCCCUGGUCUAAGCUGGAUGUACCUGCAGGGCAGGUGCUUAAAGGAGUUGGUUGCUACGGGGAAGGCCCCCAGGCUCCUACCGAAAGGGGUGUGGCUGAGUGGCCGUUGCCGUUGCUGUUGCCGGCAGUGGGGACCAGCUGCCUGCCCUCCUGCACCCUCGGGAAAGUUCAGCAAUCUCCCGAAGGCCGCAGCACCUGUGUUGGCUUCCUGGGGGCGCAGUAACAGCACCGCAGGCCGGGGUCUUAAGCAGCAGGUGUGUUCAGUCUCAUGGUUCUGGAGGCCAGAAGUCCAAGGUCAGAGGCUCGGCAGAGUGGGUUCCUUCCGAGGCCGCUCCAGGCCCCUGUCCGUGGCUUGUCCUCCUGUUCACAGGGAACAGGCUCUCCCCGUGCUCAUGUCUCCAGACUUCCCUCUCCCCUAAGGACUCCAUCCGCAUGUCCCCACCGUGACAUGAUCCCUUCCGUAAAGACCUUGCCGCCGAGCAAGACCACAUUCUGGUUCUGGGGUCAGGACUCUAGAUGCUUGAAUCUGGGGAGGUGAUGGUGCAGCGUUACCUCCUAACACCGGAAGGGGCUGAGCUAAUCUUGGGUCCCUCGUUGGAGAAGAAAGCAUGACCAAGGCCACCAGGCUUGCCUUCCUGGUGGCCAGACUGGCCUGCCCCAGGCCCUACCAGGCAGUGCAGCAGGAACAGCCUGCCUGCCAGCCUCCCCAGUUCCCCCUCCAGGGUCGGAUCUGCUCCCAGUCUUUUCCCACCCAAGGCCUUUGCCUUGAAUGUUCGGAAGCUGUGCACAUGUGUUGCCUAGGAAGGCUGUGCUGUCAGGGCACCUGGGUGCGGCGCUGAGCAACUCGGCACCCAGAAGGACUAUAGCCAUGACAGCCACACAAGGGGGACCUUGUGGCUGCUGUGUGUCCCUAACAUCGGGGCUUUAGGGACACGCAUGGGGCUUGGGCCCUGCUCCUCGCUGCCCCUGUGGAAGGAGCAGGCCAGUGAUGCCGAUGGUGGGGGCCCUGGGCCAGGCAGACAGACAGACAUUAAGAGGGGCUGUUGGAAUGAAUGGAGUAAAUCCCAAGAUAACUAUUUUGGAAGCUGACGUUUGUAAGACUACUGAAGUAAGAUGUUUAAGAUACAGUUCACAGUCAGCCAUUCUCAGUAGAGAAUGGGAACAGGAAAGUUCCAGGUUUUCCACCCAGGAAGGCCGGCCCAGCGCCUUUCCAGGCAGAGGGAGCCACGCGGGGCAUCUUUCAGAGCCAGCACAGAGGGUGGGAUGUGUGGGAAAGGGGGCAGGUGCCCGCCGGCCGUGCUCAGCCCUCCCCCACUGGCCUGCCCGCCCCCCCAUCUCGCCCUCUCAGCAGGGGUGAGCAGGGUACACCACCAUCCACCUCUCUCUGGCAUUGGAAGGUUUGGUUUUGUGGGCUUUGGGACAAAUAUCAGCCUUCACACCAGUGCUGUGUGGCGGAGGUGAAGGAACGGAUGGGCUCAGGGCGGGGGACUGCUCGUGGGCACAGGCCCCCGCCCCCGGGGCAGAGCCUGGGUGCCCGGCUACUCUGCCCCCUCCCCCCAGCACAGCCUGUCCGCCUUGCCACAGCCAGGCCAGGGGCUCCUGGUCCAACCGACCCUGCAGGACGUUGGCAUCUUUAGGAAUGUGGCAAAUCAGUAAAAGGAAUAGUGAGACGCUCCACCCUCUGCAGCCCCGCCCGUCCCCCAGGGCCACUGCCACACAGUCCAGACGCCUUUAAAUGAUUCACGGAAAAGCUUCCUAGAAUCACUGACUUGGUGAAACAUCCGCAUGCGGUGUCAGAGUUUGGUACCGUGUCCAUCUCCACCUACUUCAUGAGGAAAUGCCCCUUUGGUGGGAGAAAAGGGACAUUUUUGUACUCAGGAAUUCCCGGGGCUGAGGUGAGGGCAGAAAGCCUGCCUUCCUGCGGGGCUCACUCCUGUCAGGGUCCUCACUGUCCCCGCGGAGCUCAUGCACAUCAGCGUCCUCUGUGUCCUACCUGCCACCUGCCAGCCUGGGGCCACUGUAAGGAAAGCGGGAAGGUCCCACCUUGGCAACUCAGCCUGUCAGUCAGUGGGGCACCCCAAAGUCUCCGGGCACCCCAAGGGGUCUGGUAGAAGGGGAUCUGAGGUGGAGGGGUGUGGGGGCCACGAUGUCGCUGCUCUCUCCUGAGGGAGCUGGACGCACAGGUGGAGCAGACCUGCUCUUGACCUUCCAGUGACCUUGUGAUUUGGAUGCGGCUUCUGUAAAACAGCCUGCUUUGGGGUUUUAUUUUUUAACCCAGCUUGACAAAGUUUGUUCUUUACUCAGUGCCCUUAAUGCAGCUCUGUGUACUAUAAUUGCUGAUAUAUUUAGAUGUGAAUAUACCAUCUUAUUUUCUGCCUAUGUUUGUCUCACUUGUGUU